AUGAUUUGGCAAACCCUUCUACUCAUUAUAUUACCCUUGGUUUCUAGUGAUUUUGGGAUAAAUUGUGCCAAGAACACUUUCGAAUUAGAUGGUAAACCUUUUCAUUACAUCGCUGGGGAACUACAUUACUUCAGAAUACCACAUGAGUUAUGGAGAGAUCGGCUGGAAAGAGUUAAAGCUAUGGGUAUCAAUGUGGCACAGAUCUACAUUGCUUGGAAUUAUCAUGAAGAGCAGCCUGGAGAGUAAGUAUUUUACUGUGCUAAUAUUCUAGAGCUUAUUAAUGUACUUCUAUUUUUAAUUUUAAUGAGAGUUCAAUCUACUAUAAUAUAAAAAAUUAUUUUUUGUCAAAAAACAUAUUAUAGUAUAUACAACAUAGUGAAGUUAUAACCCUUGGCUAACCGUCUUUUUGUAGGUUUAACUUCCAAGGCAACAGAAAUGUGACAGAGUUUAUAAAAAUAGCUGAAGAGUUAGGUAUGUAUGUUAACCUACGUAUUGGUCCAUAUAUUUGUGCAGAAUGGACUCAAGGUGGUAUACCUUGGUGGUUACUCAAGUAUGAUAAUAUAACUUUAAGGGACAAUAAGGGACCGUAAGUUUUAGUUUAUAUACAGUUUUACUUUGUAUUUUCUUUGGUACGUCUAAGCUUUUUUAAAAUUUUUUUUAAAGUUACAGUACACCUUGUUGCAAAAACAACUUUAUUUAUAUGCCAUUUUUAAUACUACAUGACAUUUAAUUAUUUUAAUAUAAUAUAACAUUUACACUGUAGAUACUGGGAACACGCCAAGAACUGGAUAAAACGAAUUUCCGAAGAAGUCAAAGAGUUACAGUAUCCGAACGGUCCAGUACUCUUAAUUCAACUAGAAAACGAGUACGGUAGUUAUGGUAAUCAUCAUGAGUAUAUGAAUCAACUGGUCGAGUAUGCUCAAGCAUGUGGGUUGAAGAAAGUACCACUUAUUACUACUGAUGGCAACGAUGCGGGCUGGCUGAAUGGUGGAGUAGCUAAAGGAGCAUAUCCUACUGUAGACUUCGGCCCUACUGAUCUGCAUGGUGUCAACAAGAGUUUUAUUGCUCAAAGGAAGUUUGCCAAGUGCGGUAAGUGAAUAUUGUUGCUGUAUCAGUAGCUUGUCUACUCUUCUUUGUUCUACCAUUCUAUUAUAUAAUAUAUUCUGCCCUAGCCUACUAUAACAUAAUAUAUACUUCUUUUUUCUGCUAAAAACAAAAAAUUAAGGUCCAAAUGUGAACUCCGAGUUCUAUCCAGGCUGGUUUGCGGCUUGGUUCAGUGGUAAACCAUCUUACAGUAGUGCUGAGAGAAUAAUCAACACGAUGAAGUAUAUAAGGGAGUUCAACGGCUCAUUGUCAUUUUAUAUGAUUCAUGGUGGUACAAACUGGGGAUUUACUCAAGGAGCUGAGACCGACCAGUUCUUGACCACUUCUUAUGAUUAUGGAGCUCCGAUUGAUGAGGCUGGUCAAGUUGGAGAGGUUUACAAGAAGGUGAGGGACUACAUCAAGAGCUUGAACGAUCCAUCGUUGACUGUUGGUGAUGUUCCUGAGAAUCAUCCGUGAGUUUGAGGAUAUACAUAUUGUUAUAGGCAUUUUAAAAGACGUUUAUCAAAAGUAUUGGUUGUUCACAUAAUUCGGAGCCCCUUAACCGCAAAAACUUGCUUUGAAAUGGAGAAGGGGCGCAUAAUUAUUUGAACAACUUAAUAAUUUUUAAAAAAUCUUUAAAAAUUUUCAAACAAAUUUCAAAUUUAGAACCUUCGAAGCCCAAAACAUUCCUCUUCAAAGACUUGCCGGAGGUUUUCUUUGGUGGUUCUACGAAUAUGCUAUCAAUACCUGUUAUAACGUCACUGAACCAGAAAAUUUUGAAAAAUUUGGUCAAGCUGAAGGUUAUGCCAUCUACUCACAUCAACUUACCAAAGUGCCAAAACUUUUGAAUCUGACCAAGUUUAGAAACUUGGUCUACGUUUUUGUUGGUGAUGAGUAUCAGGUAAGGAAAGUCAAGAUUUAUAUGUUCAUUUAGUCAUUAUUUUUAAGAUUUUUAAAAAAUUUAACAAGACAUGACAAAGUAAAGUAUAACUGGUUUGUAGGGCAUGGUAGGACCAUGUAGUAUGUCACAUUGCACUAACAAUUCAAUCGAAUUGAAGGCCAAAAAACCUGGUACUUUAUCUUUGUUUGUCGAGAAUUUGGGCCGCUUAAACUUCCAACAUGGCGUUGAUACCAAGGUAAACUUUAAAAUAUUUAAUUAUCUACAACACGCAUACACCGUAUUUUACAAAAAAUAGUAAACAGUAAUUUUUGGAUAUAGUAUCACUAUAUAAAACCAAAUUUUUUAUAUUAAAUACCAAUUUUUAAAAUUUUAAUUUAGUCUACCUAAUCAUACCUUGAUUCAGGGCAUCCUAGGACCAGUGCUAGCAGAUGGCACAGCUUUGAAAAACUGGUCUCAAUGUCCAAUAAGGUUGGACCAAGGUGUUAAGAAGGCUAGAAACAGAAGAGUAAACUUUUCAUCAAAUGAUGAUUACAUUCCUGGACCAGCAGUUUACAUGGGUUUUCCUAAAUUGACUGUGAAGAACAAGCCAUUAGGAGUACAUACAUACCUAGAUGCAUUUAAUCUUGGCAAGGGUCAAUUGUAUGUGGAAAGCCGAAACAUUGGGAGGGCUUGGCCCGAGGCUGGGCCUUUGGUAGGGUUUUUGAGAUUUAAAACUUUAAAGUUAAAACAUUUUAGGGUAGGUUAACUUCUGAUUUUCAUAGUAUUUUUUUUUAAAAUUUUUAAUUAUUUUCAAACAGCUUAAAUUUCAGAGCACCUUAUACCUACCUGGACAUUAUAUGAACUUAGAAGGACAAGAAAAUGCUUUUAUUUACUUUUCCUUUGGUUCAAAACCGAAUGAAAUUACUUUUGAUUUGGUGAAGGAACAUAGGUGGUACAAGGUCGAUGGUGCUAAGCCUAAUGGACCUGUUAAUAGGAGACGACCACAAAAAUAUUAAAAUACAGUGUUAUACUAUACAAGUAAACUAAAAAUAUUAAUAAAAAAACAUUUUUAAAUACUUUUUUUAGUUUUAAUUUAAAACCUUUAUUUUGGUGCUAUACCAACGUGAUAAAGUAAAAUUGCACAUUAUUAGUAUUUUUUCUGAUAUUUUUACUUUAUAAUUUUUAAAUUAAUUAAGGUUUGGUCAUAAUAAUAGUCCUCUUUGCAAGCCUAGGCUGCCUUUGACUACAGCUUGUUUAUAAUAUAACAUCCAGAGUUAAAACAAGUCAACUUACUUUAUUAUUAGUUUAUCUUUCAUUGUCGAUCAAGAGUAGAUGACGUUAGAUCUCUUAUUUUUAUGACAUUCGGCAUUUUUUCUCCCUCAAAAUGUUGUUUUAACUAUAGAAUUCAGUUUUUGAGCGAAAGUGAGAUAUUAAACACGAAAUUUUUUGAGUAAAUAAGAGAUAUUUUAUUUAAAUUUAGUCGUUAUAAAGGAGUUUUAGUAUUAAUUUGUUUCUUAUAUUAAAACAUAUAUUAACGCAAUCUUCUGUAGUAAAAAGUUCUGAAACGUUUUGAAAUUUUAAACGUGACGUACUCCUAUUUAAACUCGUCCUUUUUAGAAAAUGAGCCCCCUAAACUUUGUACUACUUCUAUCAACAUUCUUCUCAUCUACAACAGCUCAGUACGGCAUGUGGAUACCAAGAAUAACUCAAGAAGACAUUCAAAAGUUUCAUGCAGAACAAUCAGACAGGUAUCACUUCGACAACCCUCCCGAUUCAAGAAUUCAACAGAGAUUUAAUUACGACGUUCAAAGAAUUAUUCAAAACUACCAGAAUCCGAACGCUCCAAAUAACGACAAUUGGACACCGUUGGAAUGGUCUGAUUUAUUUGGAUCGAGGAAGGCUACAGCUAACUAA